AUGAGAACAACAGAGGAGCCAACCUCGAGUCUCGGGCAGACCCUGGAGUGGCUGAGAAAGGAGCUGGCUGAGAUGCAGGACCAAGACCAGAGACUCCUGCUUACACUGAGGCACCUGCACAGCGUCCUGGAGGAGCUCCGCGCAGAGAGUGUCCCCUGGGAGGAUGCCAGGUCGAGUGGCGGGACCUCCCCCAUCAGAGCUCGAGCAGGCUCUGAAGGCAGGGCCCACCAACCCUUUCCCUCCAGGCGCCUGGCCCAUCUCCUUCAAGGGGUAGACAGCAGACGAAGUUCCCUCCCUUAA